GAGCGCGGAUGUGGAGACUCUAUGGUGCGGCUUGGCACGGCGGCCCUUCUAGCCGGGCGGAGCUGUGGAGACUCUAUGGUGCGGCGGCCAUGAGCGGCGCAGAGUGGCUCCGGGAGGAGGCGGCGGUGGCGGCCGCCAGUGGCCCUGAGCGGCCGCUGGGUUCCAGUGAUGUGUCUCCAGAUGAAGGAUUAGUAGAAGAUUUGCCUAUAAUAGAUGAGAAAGCUGUGGAGCAGUUAACUGAAGGAUUGAUUUCUCAUUAUUUGCCUGAUCUUCAGCGAUCAAAAUCAGCUCUACAUGAACUUACACAGAACCAACUGGUAUUACUAGAAACAUUAGAACAAGAAAUUACAAAACUCAAAGAAUGUAACUACAUUCUUGAUAUCAAUGCCUUGUUUUCAGAAGCUAAACACUAUCACAACAAGUUAGUGAAUAUUAGAAACGAAAUGAUGAUGCUCCAUGAGAAGACAUCCAAGUUAAAAAAAAGAGCACUUAAGCUGCAACAAAAGAGGCAGAAAGAAGAACUAGAACAAGAACAACAACGUGAGAAGGAACUUGAAAGAGAGAAGCAAUUAACAGCAAAACCUGCUAGGAGGACAUGAAAGCAGAGCAUGCAAAUAACUUGUACAAAUUAAUCAUUUCUGCAUUCUCUGGAAUGAAGGCAGACUUUGAUUAAUUUGGGCUAUAGUUGUUACUAGCAACAGUCUACUCUGCUGUUAUAAAUUCCAGAAUGUUCAUGAUCAGUUAGAAACAUUGACAUUUUUUAUUUCAGCCAUUCAAGUUGCCUUCUUUUGUAAUGCUAUGCAGUUUGAUACUAUUAUAAUGUAAAUUCUUUUUAUAUAUAUGAGAACCUAAUUAUCACAGUUCUUUGAAUACCUCUAUUUUUUCCAUCUGUUCUUUUGGUACUGAGAACUCUUAAGAGUUGUUUGGUGUCUGGCAUACAUAUUUUCAGACAAAAUACAGAAUGGUAGUUGUUAAAGUUCAGUUCUGGUCCCCAGACUGAGAGCCUGACUGUUUCAUUGAAACUGCUUUGAUUCAGGAAGUUGUGGUCUCCUUUCAAUGCCAUGGAUCUGAUGAGAUUUCUGGUGUAUUUGCUUGAAAGUUCACCUUACUGAAGCAGCUUUUUUUUUAUGUUGUUGUCAGGUAACUUGAGAACAGCUUCAAGGUAACUUUUGAAUCACUUUCCAGCUGAAUGGGUUGGGGAGCAAUCAUUAAAAAAAUUAAUAAAAUAGAACACAAGAUUCUCAGAAUUGAUGUGUGCACAAUAAAAGACUGACUUUGUGCUUCUACAAAGGUUUGAGUCAGAUGAACGAACUGUUGCUUCUGUAAUGAUUCAACAGGAAGACUCUGGUCUAGGCAGAUUUCUACAGGACUGAAAGUUGUAGUUUCUUCACGCUGUGUGACUGAUUGAGGCGUAACCAAAACUAAACAGCCUGUACUUCUUGUGAAAUUUAGUUGUCUGUAGGAAAAAACUACUGCAUUUAUCUUUUUUCCUAAACAAAUCAUUCAUGUGUGUUUUGGGGCUAUGUGAGAUAAUCUGUGUGAGGGCAGCAUAACAAACUAUUAUUAAUGAGUACUGUUGAUAAAUGUUGUAUGGAGGUUGAUAUCCAUUUCUGUGAGUUUAAUUACUUGCAGCACUUGGUGUGAGUUCCCAUUCAAAGGAACAUACAUCUGGUUUAGACUAGCAAAAGAGCUUUAAACUGUUUGGUCCUACAGUCUAACAAACUAGUUGUGUUGUGUCUGUUAUUUUUAAGUAGUAAUGUAAGUGCCAUGUACUGAAGUAAGACGAAGGGUAGGCUGUGUGAAACUUUCCAUGGAACGCGUAUGGUAAGGCACCAGAGGGGUGCCUAAUUUUUUAUUUUUCUUUAGUUUUAAAUGAUUUACACAUUGUAUACAUGCCUGGACUCAUAACUUUCUGAAAUCCUCUAAUUUCCCACUGCUAAUACUCAUCUUUUUCUGUGAAAGACCGACUGUAACAAGUAGUCUCAUCCAACGCAAAGUCAACCGCAUUGAUGUUUUGGAGCAAGAAGAACAAAUUCCCUAAACUAGUCUGAAGGGACACUGAAAUGCUAUUACCGAAGUAGUAAUAGAUUAAAACUUCCCGCAGGUGUACUUUCUUAUGUUGAAUUUGUCUUGUCUUAAUUGCCAGUGGAUUGUUGACCUGUGCUGUGGCUUAUGUGUAUUUCUAAAAGAAAUGUGAAGAAUUUCUACAGUCCAUUUUUGGAGCAGAAUGUACGUAAAUACUGUUUUAUUUUUUUUAUUUUGUAAUGUAACUUCAAAACUAGAUUCUAGGAAUUUAAACUGUUCAUAUUAAAGUAUAUUAUGGAAUUAGAUGCCUCCUUGAAGUAUACUAAUCAGAAUUAAUUUCCGUUAAUAUUUCUUGUUUUCUGUUGCCUCAUGUAGUAUCCAAUUUAAUUUUUCAAGUUGGAGUCUCUUUUUUUUUUAGUUUGCUUGUUCUUUGGAGUGUUUUUGUUUUUUUC